AUGCAGGAUGAUGCACGACUGCCUCAUUUAUCGAUAUACGUAGAGUAUAUCCAUAAAGCAAUGCAUGGAAGUGAUACAGGUGCAUACGACGCUGAAGGAAGGUUUGUUCCUCCAAAGUUUGAAGAAAUAUUCACAAAACAUGCAAAGGUAAGGCCAGAUGCGUUAACGUCCGAGGAGAUUGAGGAGAUGAUUCUAGCAAAUCGAGAUCCAUUAGACCCCCAAUCAUGGUCUGCACCUGAAGGAGAAUGGGGACUAAUAUACAAGCUUGCAAGUGAUAAGCAAGGAUUUCUUCACAAGGACUCUGCAAGAGGCAUAUAUGAUGGCAGUGUGUUUUACAAGUUGGAGGAACAGAGGACGUCGUCUGCAAGAAGCGAUAUGUGA